AUGGAUAAAGAGGUGAAUAUGCAGAGAGUAUGGGAAAGACUGAAAAGAGUGAAACACAAACUGAAACAACUCAACAGUACUCACUAUUCAGGAGUUCAUGAGAAAAUCAAAAACAAUAGACAACAACUAUGGUCAGUCCAAGAGGAGUUGAGAAUUAGGGGGAUAUCAGAGAAAUUAAAAAAGAAAGAGAAAUCAAUUAGAGAGCAACUAGAGAAGUGGAUCCUUAUUGAAGAAAGUAUCACAAAGCAGAAAUCUAGAAACCAAUGGUUGCAAUUGGGGGAUGCAAAUACAGCCUACUUCUUUGCCUCUGUGAAGAAUAGACUAUCCCAAAAUAAAAUCAAAAAUUUGAUAGAUAAUAAUGGUGUAUUGCUACAGAGUAAAAAAGCAAUUCAAGAAGAGAUCAUAGGGUUCUAUAAACGACUACUGGGCUCAGCAACUGACUCUAUACCUGCAAUAAACCCUAUGGAAAUGAAAAAUGGACCUUGCCUAAAUAGAGAGAUGCAGCUGAAACUGAUAGCACUAGUGUCAAGAAUGGAAGUGAUAAAUGCUCUGAAAGAUAUAGAUGACCAGAAAGCACCAAGUUGUGAUGGUUUCAAUGCGUUUUUCUUCAAGAAAGCAUGGAACAUUAUAGGGAAUGAG